UUCUACAACGGGAAUCUCAUCACUCAUUCUCUCAAAUAUUUGAAAUAUACAUCAAUUAUUAAUUAGCAGUAGUGAAAGUUCCUCAAUUAACUGCAAAUGGCUAGAUCUGUGGCCCUCUUUGGGAUUGUGUUGCUAAUGCUUAUUGCAAUGGCAGAGGCAACUCCCCCUGGAAUAGCUGACCAUCCAAGCCAUUCUCAUUGCUCAGAUGAUGAAAUCAAGCAAUGUAAAAAUCUUCCACAUGUUUGUCCCAAAUUCUGUCCCAAUGGCUGCAUAACUGAGUGUCGUUCUUGCAAGCCUAUCUGUGUUGAUGGCUCAGUGCCACCACCCUAUUAUCCACCACCGUCAUCUCCACCACCGUCGUCUCCACCACCACCAUCUCCACCACCACCCUCAUCUCCACCACCUUCAUCUCCCCCACCACCCUCAUCUCCACCACCGUCGUCUCCACCACCACCCUCAUCUCCACCACCUUCAUCUCCACCACCACCAUCAUCUCCACCACCUUCAUCUCCCCCACCACCCUCAUCUCCCCCACCUUCAUCUCCCCCACCACCCUCAUCUCCACCACCUUCAUCUCCUCCACCACCCUCAUCUCCACCACCACCGUCAUCUCCACCACCCUCUCCUAAGCCACCCACUCCUUAUCCUUCAACCAAGAAGGCUAAGUGCAAGAACAAGAAUUACCCAAGUUGUUAUAAUCUCGAAUUUUCAUGCCCUGCCUCUUGCUCUGGUGGUUGUCAAGUUGACUGUGUCUCUUGCAAACCUGUUUGUAGGUGUGACAUGCCUGGAGCUGUUUGCCAAGAUCCUCGUUUCAUCGGCGGUGAUGGGAUUACCUUCUACUUCCAUGGUAAGAAGGACAAAGAUUUUUGCCUAGUCUCCGACCCUGAAUUUCACAUCAACGGCCACUUCAUAGGAAGGCGAAACGAGAACAUGAAGAGAGACUUCACUUGGGUACAAUCCAUUGCUAUCCUUUAUGGUAAUCACAAGAUCUCCAUUGGCGCACUAAAAACAGCAACAUGGGAUGAUUCCAUCGACCGCCUUUCCCUCCACUUUGAUGGUAAACCCAUACUUCUUAGUGACGAUGAAGGCGCGAGAUGGCAAUCUGAAACUACACCUAUGGCCUCUAUUACUAGAAUCAGCAACACUAACGAUGUUUCCAUCGAAGUUGAAAAUAUUCUCAAGAUCACUGCCAAGGUUGUACCUAUUACAAAGCAAGAAUCCCGAGUUCAUAACUAUGGAAUAACGAAAGAUGACUGUUUUGCACAUCUUGAACUUGGAUUCAAGUUUUUCUCUUUGAGUGAUGAAGUGAACGGUGUUUUAGGGCAGACUUAUAAGAAGAACUACGUGAGCAAAGUUAAGAUGGGUGUUCUGAUGCCUGUAAUGGGAGGUGACAAAAAUUUUGCAACUUCAGGACUCUUUGACGCUGAUUGUUCCGUGGCUAGGUUUCAAGCAAAUGGAGAACAAACUGAUAAAGAGGUUGGCUUUGCUUUGGAGUUGCCGAGCUUGAGCUGCACUAGUGGACUUCAUGGACGCGGAGUGGUCUGCAAGCGCUAGAAUCAUUACUAAUGCAAUUAACCUUAGGGAUUCUUGAUCACUACUUUAAUGAAUAAGGUUGUAUACCAAUAAUAAUGGAGAUUCAAGCAUCUCCUCAAAAAUAUAUUUGCCUUCUAAAGAAAAGUUAGUGAUUUUAUUUUCCUAACUGAUGGGAAAUAUAUUGGCAAUUGUUUCUUUAAACUUUGAAGUGGAGUAUAUAUUUUUUCCUUUUUCGAAA